AUGGAAUCAAGGGAAGUAGACUAUUGGGCCUUAUAUCGGUUUAGAAGAGGUAAUGUUGAGUGGAUAAGCCGAAGGUCUAAACAUCCAUGGGUACCGUGGGACUAUAGGGGGAUACACGGACUAGCGAGCUUAUUUUCAUUUCGAAAUUUCGGUGGUUCACUCAUUUUUAUAAGCGCCCGCUAUUGGGAUUCCCCGACAGUGUUGCCGUCACGAUACGGGGAAUCUCCGUCGCAUCGUUUAAUCACGUGAGGUGCUUACGAGUCUCGACAUAUGUCGUGUAUUUUUUUCCGAAGAGUGGCUAAAUUAGAGCGAAGUAGAAGGAGCUGAUGAUUUUAUUGAAAAUCACAUGGAUAUGUUGGUUCCGAUAGUCAGUCCAGCCAAAUUUCAUGGCAUCUCACCAGGGAGGACGUAAUUAAUGGAUGCCUCCUUUGGAAUUUCCAGUUACGCGUCCACUAUAAGAUUCUGUUAAUUUUACGCAUCAAAAGAAUGCGAAACUUUGCCCCACCGCGCGAGAUGAAGACGAAAGAAAAGGGGAAAGCGUACCAGUGUGGAGGUAGCUUAGGGGAUAUUACAAGAAACACAUAAACUCACAGUUCUGACAAAUCAAAAGGAAUAUUUAGGGUAAUGGUGUGAACCGAACCCACAUUAUCCGAGUUUCCAGGCCGCUACCUUUCCAUUAGGCUACACUACCUCGGUGGUCUCACAAAUAUAAAGGUGAUAUGUAAGCUUCAUUCCCUACCCCAAUUACCGUUACUGGGGCUGGCCAGUUACCCGUAUCUCUAUGACCCAGGCAGAUAAUUUUUGGAGUUAAGUUGUAGCAUUGUAUCCAGCCCAAAGUUCAUAAUAAUUCCCAUGUUCAAUAUACGUUUUCCCUCUCUUCCCCUCUUUAUUUGUGAUACCGGUCAAGUUAGCAAGC